AUCCCCACUCUGGGCACCUGGCCCUUUGCUUUCCUUCAGGGGUGUCUCUCUGCUAUCAGGUCUGCUCUGCAGACCCAGAUCUAAGAUGUCCAGUCUUCUGGAGUAGGCGCUGGCUGUGAUGGUCACCACCUUCGACAAGUACUCUGGCCAAGAGGGUGACAAGUUCAAGCUGAGUGAGGGGGAGAUGAAGAAACUUCUGCACAAGGAGCUGUCCAGCUUUGUGGGGAAGAAGGUGGAUGAGGAGGGCCUGAAGAGGAUGAUGGGUGAUCUGGAUAAGAACAGAGACCAGGAGGUGGACUUCCAGGAUGAGGAUGGCGCCUCUGGAGCAGGCAGUGGCUGCUAUAGUGUGCACCUUCUAGGAAUAUUCAGGGCCCUGUGGAGACAAGUAAAGCUCUUCCAGGCAGAGCUCAAGGAACUGCUAGAGAAGGAGCUGCCCACCUGGACCCCAACAGAGCUUCGGGAGUGUGACCACAAUAAGUUCAUGAGUGUCCUGGACAGCAACGAGGAUUGCAAGGUGGACUUUGUGGAGUACACGUGCCUGCUUGCCUGCCUCUGCACCUGCUGCCAUGAGUACUUCAAGGACUGCGCCCUGGACACCCACUGCUCCCAGAAAUGGGCAGGGUUGCCAUCGGAGGAAUCUCCCAGCUUUGCCCCUGGUAUGUUCACCCCUUUUACCCAUGAGUCCAGGAGACGUGAGGGGACCUUCCCUGGGAUCACAGCUAGUGACCUGUAG